UCCCUUCUCCCCUCUCUUUCCAUACAAUUCCAGCAGUAAAAUGGCCGACUAUUUCGAAGACAUGGGUCACGAACCGACAGGCGCCGAGGGUCCUAAUGAUUUUGCCAAACAUUUCAAGCGCCUGCAAGUGUUGGCCAUCAUGAACGGCAUCGACAUGGAAAUCGAGGUGCCCGAGGCGUCUAAGCGCGCCAUUGCCGCACUGCCGGACCAUAUCAUUACCGCAGCAGAUGUGGCUCAGGAACUGGAGUGCGCGGUUUGCAAGCAGCCAGCAGAGGUCGAUGAGAAGUACAAAAUUUUGCCUUGCAAGCACGAGUUUCACGAGGAGUGUGUGCUACUGUGGCUGAAAAAGGCCAACUCAUGUCCAAUGUGCCGUUACGAAUUGGAAACCGAUGAUCCAGUCUAUGAAGAGUUACGCGAGUUUCGCCAAGAUGAAUCCAAUCGUCGCGCUCGACAAGACUACAUGAUGGACUCAAUGUUUUCCUAAAUAAAUUUAAUCUUAAUUUUAGUAUUAUUGAAAUGGUGGCAGUGGGGAAAAGGAAUAGAUUUUCGGCGGACAAGGUUUUGAAACUUUCUAAAUAAAUUGCGUUUGAAAACAA